UGAAAAUUGUGCCAGUGGAGUUGUUACGGCCCUGAAUAUCAAUAGAAAUGAAGGGUCAGGUGGGUGAUAGUGUCUGUUAUAGAUUAGUAUUAAAAAAAAAACAGAAGAAAAAGGAAUUACAAAUCAAUUUUAACACCAUGUGGGAAUGAGUUUCUCCUAUUAAAAAUAAAUAAAUAAGAAGAAAGACAGAUGGACAUACCAGGAAGCUCAUAUGACUUUUUGUUCAUAUUUAAAUUUUCAAAAAACAACAUUAACUCAGACUCAACAACAUCUAUCUGCAAUUUAAAGGAAGCUUCAUUAGGGUUGAGAAGAAUGCCAAGAAGACGGAAGAGCAUUCAAGCCAUAGGUACAGAACUGUGCAUGAUGCCAACAGCUUCAACAUACAAGCCUUAUAGUGAGCUAUGCUGCGCUGCCACAUGGAGAACUAGACAAAGCUUCUUGCCUGAUUACAUCAGCGGUGACUUUGAUUCCAUUAGGCCUGAAGUCCAGGAAUAUUACAAGGUCAAGGGGUGUGAGUUGAUAGAGACACCGGAUCAAGACUUCACUGACUUCACCAAGUGCCUUCAGAUACUUCAGAAAAAGAUAGAAGAAAAAAGUCUCCAGAUUGAUAUGAUUGUGACCUUGGGUGGACUUGGAGGACGCUUUGACCAAGUCAUGGCAUCAGUGGAGACUCUCUUUCACGCAACUAAUAUCACUCCCACUCCAGUUAUAGUUAUUCAAGAGUGCUCCCUCAUCUGCCUACUUCAACCUGGAAAGCACAAACUGUAUGUAAACACAGGACUUGAAAGCAAGUGGUGUGGCCUCAUUCCAGUUGGGAACCCUUGUGACAGCGUUACUACGACGGGCCUAAAAUGGAACCUCACUAACCAUGUGCUAAAGUUUGGAACGCUUGUCAGCACUUCAAAUACCUAUGAUGAAUCUGGAGUUGUGACCAUAGAAACAGAUAAACCGUUGCUGUGGACAAUGGGUAUCAAAAAUAAGCAAAAUGCUUAAGAUAAUAACUGCCUUUCUUUCAGCUGACCAAAGACUUUAAACAUACUGGAAAAUUUCACUCAUUAACAGAAACAGAAUUACUGUGCCAGCAGUAAAAAAAAAAAAAAAAAAAAAAUUUUUGGAGGAGCAGAAGGAAGGGAAAGACAAUGGAGAUCAAUCGGUCAAGUGAAAAAUCUUUAGGAAGAUAGUGACAAAACAGAAUAUCUCCUUCUAGUUCCAUGUGUAGGACACAUGCACUUCCUAAACCAGCAGCACUGAAGGGACUAAUGGGCAUAGACUGACCUACUUUACUCCUUGCAGGAGUGUGUCCAUAUUAGGUUUUAAUAUUACUGUUAGAUCAGUGGUUGAAGAAUCUGUUCUCAAGUCAAAUUUUAAAUGAUGUAUUAUGUAUGUUCUUGUUUUGUAUAAGAAAACCUUGUGCUGUUUAAUGUGACUAGAACAGGCUGAUCUUCUACCCUGCUGUUUAGUAACAUAACUCAAGUGAAGUAGGCAAAAGCUAAUUGCAAAUUUUUAAGAAAAACAGCAAUAAAACCGCUGCAGUGAAGUUUAGAAUAGAAGGCUGAGUAUUUCUUUUAAUGCUGCUCUCUGUGCUGCCAUUUUACUUCUACUUUCCAGCAUCAAGUACUAUUUACAAACUUCUAAUUAACAGACAGUAAGCAGCAUUAAACUAAUAAAGUGCUAGUUAGUGUGCAAGCUUUUAUAGAUUAAGUUUAGAUUUGUCACAACUGUAUGAGCUUUGUAUACAGAAGUUCAUGCAAGUUCUUUAAACUGGAUAAAGUUGCAUUUUAAUUUGUAAAAUCUGAACAGACUGCUGUGAUAACCAAACUGCUAUAUUUUCCUGUAAAGAGUUUGUUAGCGUAAGGUGGUACAGAAUGCAUGUGUCAUUGAAUAGAUGCUAAACACAACGGUAUAUAACAAAUUUCGUGCUAAUGUUAGUGUCAAGCUGCACCAUCUUGAAAAGCACUGUAAAGACACAUUAGUGGAAUCCAAAACUGGUAAGGAAGGAUAAGGGCCCUCAGCUGAUAGUGUGAUCUGUAAGUAUAUAUUUCAGUUGUUGCCUCUUAAAGAGAUGGUUUUUAGAACAAGAUCUGAAAAACUACCCUACUUUUUGUAAGUAAAACCAAAGGUUACUUCAGCUCAAAGACUAAAGUGAAGUCUUUUCAGCUUGCUUUAUGCUUCUGACGGCACAUUCCUUUUUGUAGGGGUCUCCCCUCCCCCGAUUACAAGACACAAGACAGGAAAAUGGCAGUAGGUUAGUGUUUAAUAUGAAUGGAUUUAGAAUUAGGUUUUAGUACCACCUAACGCUGGGCCAAUAUAUGUAAAGAAUUAUUCUACUGCUGAAA